AUGUUAGAAAAUUUCUUGAAAGGAUUAGCAUCAAAGAAACAAAUAGAAAAUCACAUUGUCAAUGUUUGUAAAGAGCAAUUAAAUGGAUGCACUGGAUGUCUCGCAUGUAAAAAUCAUAAAGAAGUAUAUUGUUCACAAAAUGAUAAAUGCAGUGAAAUAAUGAAAGAAUUUGUAGAGGCUGAUUUAGUAAUAUUUGCCUUUCCUAUUUAUUGGUAUGCUAUGCCAGGUCAAUUGAAAUUAUUUAUUGAUAGAACUGUUAUGAUGAUGGACUGGAAUACUUAUUCUGCAAAACAAGAAGUUCUUGACAAAGGAAAAAAGACUAUUGUUGCUUUAACUACAUGUGGCUCUUCUGGUUAUGACCGUGGAGUUUUUGAAAUUAAAGAAAUUGCUAGUUUGUUUGGAUAUUCUUUUAAUGAGAUGCAUUUAACUGGUGGUUCUGAUAAUACUUCAAUUGCUAAAGACACUAAUAAAAUGAAAAAAGCAUAUGAUUUCGGAGAGAAGAUCGCACAAAAAAUUUAA